CUCAGUCGAACCAUUGCUUAUUUUCAAAAAUGAAAUUCGUUAGGUUUAUUAUGAAGAACGCUGCCUUGGCCAGUGUGCCAAAACACAUCGAACAUUUCUCUAAAUUUUCGCCCUCGCCUCUUUCAAUGAAGCAGUUUCUCGAUUUUGGUUCUUCCAAUGCGUGUGAGAAAACGUCCUUUGUUUUUUUGAGACAAGAGCUCCCUGUCCGCCUGUCUAAUAUCAUGAAGGAAAUCAAUCUACUUCCCGACCAGUUGCUAACUACCCCAUCCGUGCAGAUGGUUCAAAGCUGGUACAUCCACAGUUUGAUGGAGAUUUUAGAGUUUCUGGAGAGACGCCCUGAUGACCACAGAGUUCUGGAAGAAUUCGUGGAGGCUCUGGUCAAAAUCAGAAACCGACACAAUGAUGUGGUACCUACGAUGGCCCAAGGGGUGAUUGAGUAUAAAGAGGCUUUUGGUCAAGACCCCGUCACCAACCAGAACAUCCAGUAUUUCCUCGACCGUUUCUACAUGAGUCGAAUAUCCAUCCGGAUGCUAAUCAACCAACACACUCUGCUUUUCGAGGGCACUGCAAAUCCUCUUCAUCCAAACACUAUUGGCGGCAUUGAUCCUCACUGUGAAGUGGCUGAGGUGGUCAAAGACGCGUAUGAGAGCGCCAGGCUGCUGUGUGAUCAGUACUAUCUGGGCUCCCCCGGCCUGUCUCUGCAGGAGCUGAACAGUGAGUCCAACGACAGGAAUCGGCCAAUCAGCAUGGUGUAUGUGCCGUCUCAUCUGUACCAUAUGCUGUUCGAGCUGUUUAAGAAUGCCAUGAGGGCGACCAUUGAGAGUCAUAAAGAGGGGGCGAGUCUCCCUCCCAUUCAUGUGAUGGUGGCACUGGGAGGAGAGGACCUCUCCAUUAAGGUGAGUGACAGAGGUGGCGGUGUGCCCUUCAGGAAGAUGGAGAGUUUGUUCAGCUACAUGUAUUCAACUGCCCCCACCCCACUGAUCGGACAGCAGCAAACAGCCCCACUCGCUGGGUUUGGUUACGGCCUGCCGAUCUCCCGGCUGUACGCCCAGUACUUCCAGGGAGACCUGCAGCUGUAUUCCAUGGAAGGACACGGCACAGACGCCGUCAUUCAUCUGAAGGCUCUGUCCACUGACUCUGUGGAGAGACUUCCUGUGUAUAACAAAACCGCUUGGCGAAACUACAAAGUCAGUCAGGUGGCUGAUGACUGGUGCCUGCCCAGCCGUGAGCCUCUGGACCUGGCCGUGUUCAGACUGGCCAAGUGAGACGGACCGGCCCGGACCGCCCGGGUCCGUCACUGAGCGUGAGAGGGAAACGGAGACGCCCAGCGGGAUCAGAGAGCAGUGACGCCGCCGACUGAAGAUCCACAGACUUCAUAAAGCUUCGUAACCUCCUAGCGAAGCUUCGUAACCUCGCAGUAGUUGCAUGGCUUUUUUGUCUACACCCAGAGCAUCUCAUAGAAUCUGAGUUAGAAGUUUUUCUGUUUUGUUUUGUUUUGUUUUGAAAUAAGAGUGUUAUUACAGUGUUUUAUUUCAGUCAGGCAGAUGGGCUGAGACAGAGUCUUAAUGAGGAGCUUUUGGGUCAUCACUACCGGGGAGUGGUAGUGUGGAGGAGUCAGACGUGUGAGAUCUCCCACGGUGGACCGGAGGACGAGGAGUAGCCGCUGGUAUUGGACAGGUGGAGAGGAGGACGGGGGAGAUGGCCGACGCCCCAGAGGCGGUAGACGGAUCAGUAUGUAACGACAGGCAUAUGCAGAGGAAUUUUACGGUGAUGCUCUUGUGAAGGACGCGGAAGUUAGGAUGGAGAGGUUUUGUGGAAUUAUUCAUAGUGAGACUCUCAUUAGCCAUGAGGAGUGCAGUCUACUCAGGACCCACUGAGCAGUAUGUCUCACAACUGAUCGCUCAGCGGGUCGGUGAGCAAGGUGUUUCAGUGAUAGACCAGAACCAGACUGCUUUUUCAAACGGGUCUACAUGACACGGGACCUAGACAGUGUUAGAGAGUGAAAGAGGAUGUUUGUCAGACUGAAGACGCAUCAGAGAAUCAGUAUCAGUCCAAGUCUUGUCCUCUGUUUGUCAGAGAGUCGAGCUUGAUUUGAAACAGUAGAGAUCACAGAGUUGCUAAAAAGCAGCAGAGUUUAGCCAGCAGCCUUUGGGUGGUUCCCAGAGGAGACGCAGUGGAGUAUUUUCAGUGGUGGCUGUG